AUGAGUUCAAAUGAAGAGGUUUUCAGUCAGAUAAACGCAACUGCGAAUGUGAUCGAUAAUAAGAAGCGUUUACUGUUCGUCCAAGAUAGUUGCGCACUAGUUCUAGGGCUUGUUGCAGGGUUUUUGCAGAUUGAAUCAGUCAGUGGGUUUCUUUGGUUUCUAGUCCUGUACAACGUGAUCAACGUCAUUUACAUCGUUUGGAUUUGCCAACUGCAACCAGGAAAGUUCUAUCAAAGUCCACUCCAAGACAUUUUUUUCGAAUCCUUUUUCAGAGAGAUAACCGGGUUCGUCAUGGCGUGGACAUUUGGAUACGCCUUAAUUGGAUGA